AAGGGGUCCCCUGUUUGUUUCUGUAUAAAAAACACGUAUCAGAUAACCAAAAGGGGGUAUGAUAAUUUCAAGGCUUGCCUAUCUUAUAUCUAGCUGUGCGGAGUAAGUAAGCAGCAUCAGUACUCUUGAAUCAUUCUUCUUCUCCUUCACUAUCAUUCAUCCUUUCUAUCCCAGUCCACCAGUAGUAAUAUGAAGAAAGCCGUAAGAUUAGUGUUCAUCCCUUCUCCCGGUGCGGGUCAUCUUGUAUCUGCACUUGAGUUCGCCAAGCUUCUCCUAAACCGUGAUGACCGACUCUGGAUCACUCUCUUCAUCCUCCAAUUCCCAUACUCCACCGCAAGCGAAUCCGACACAUCUUCCCUCUCUUCCUUCUCCGAACGUGUCCAAGUCAUCAACCUCCCUCCUCCUCAACUACCACCCACUGAUCCUGACUCUAAACCUGAUCUAGGAAACUUGAUGAUCACUCUCCUUGAAAACCAGAAACCCCACGUCAAAGAAGCUGUCAUCUCCAACCUCCACUCUGGCGGCCCCCCACUCGCUGCCUUCGUGCUUGACAUGUUCUGCACCACCAUGAUUGACGUCGCUGACCACUUCAACGUUCCUUCCCUUGUCUUUUUCACCUCCGGUGUCGCCUUCCUCAGCUUGAUGCUCCACCUCUACACGCUCCGAGAACGACACGACCUGGAAGCCGACGAUUUGAAGGAACCGGACACCGAGGUCGCCAUCCCGGGUUUCCUGAACCCAGUCCCUUCCAAGUCGCUGCCCAGUGCGGUACUGAACAAGGAAUGGGAGCAAUUCUUCUUAAGCUAUGGCAGAGGGUUGAAGAGAGCCAAUGGUUUUAUUGUGAAUUCCUUUGAUGAGCUUGAACCACACGCAAUUCGCUCAUUCUCAGAUCCGGAUAACAAACCAGUUCAAGGUAUAAUACCCAUAUAUCCAGUGGGGCCCAUACUGAACCCCAAGGACAAUGGUGAGAGUCACGAGAUACUUACAUGGCUCGAUGAACAACCUCCUUUGUCGGUAGUGUUCCUUUGCUUCGGGAGCCGGGGUUCUUUCGAUCGGGCUCAGAUCACAGAGAUUGCACGUGCGGUUGAGAACAGCGGGGUUCGUUUCGUAUGGUCCCUUCGAAAGCCCCCACUGAAGGGCUCCAUGGUCGGGCCCUCUGAUUACUCUGUUGAUGAUCUAGCAUCGGUUUUACCCGAAGGAUUCUUGGAUCGAACAACAGGGAUUGGAAGGGUCAUUGGAUGGGCUCCUCAGACCCGGGUUUUGACCCACCCCGCCACGGGUGGGUUCGUAUCGCACUGCGGUUGGAAUUCCACGCUGGAGAGCAUAUACUUCGGCGUUCCCAUUGCCACGUGGCCACUCUAUGCCGAACAACAAACGAACGCCUUUGUGCUCGUGCGUGAGCUGAAGAUAGCUGUGGAGAUUUCAUUGGAUUAUAGGGUGGAGAUCAAUGGCGGGCCUAACUAUCUUCUAACUGCAGACAAGAUCGAAGGAGGAAUAAGGAGUGUGUUGGACAAAGAUGGGGAAGUGAGGAAGAGAGUGAAGGAGAUGAGUGAAAAGAGUAGGAAGACACUGUUAGAAGGAGGAUGUUCAUACUCAUAUUUAGAUCGUUUGAUUGAUUAUUUCAUGCAUCAGGUUUGAAAUCAUCUUUCAAACCACACGCAUGUUAGUUUCAUGGCAUCAAAUGUAGUAGCUGUUCCCUCUUUAGCCAUGUUUGGAACUGAUGAAUAUUAUUAUGAACUUGCUCACCAACUUCAGUUA